AGAGAGGCCCCAGUCAGUAGCCAGACAUGAGCUGUGAGGGUCAAACUGGCAGACUACACUGAACACAGCUACCCAUCGGACCAUCCACUGUCUGCCUUCCUGAGUCUCAGGCAACAGAAGACAGGUGGCUCUACCCUUGGCCAAGGGUAGGUGUGGCACUGCUGUCUGCUGCCACCGUGCCCUCAUUGGCCUCCACGCAACCAGACUCAACAGAGGAGCAACUGCCAUCCGAGGCUCCCGACCUGACCCAGGGCCAUUCACCAGGAGCAUGGGGCUCUCUGAUGUCCAGCUCCAGCUGGUGCUGCUGUGGGCACUGGUGUGGGCACAGAGGGCAGGGUCUGUGUGUCCCUCCUGUGGAGGCCCCACACUGGCACCCCAAGCAGAACGAGCUCUGGUCCUUGAGCUAGCCAAGCAGCAGAUCCUCGAGGGGCUACACCUGACCGGUCGUCCCAUAAUAACUCAUCCUCCACCCCAGGCAGCACUGACCAGAGCCCUCCGGAGACUGCAGCGGGGCAGUGUGGUUCCAGCGAAUGGGGAGCAGGUCAUCAGCUUUGCUGCCAUCACAGAAUCCUCCACCUCCACCUGCAGCUCCACGCUCACCUUCUACCUGUCCACUCCUCGGUCCCACCACCUGUACCACGCUCGCCUUUGGCUGCACGUGCUCCCCACCCUUCCUAGCACUCUUUCCUUGAGGAUUUUCCCAUGGGGCCCUAGGAGGAGACGCCGAGGGUCCCACGUCCUCCUGGCUGAGCACCAACUGACAACCCCAGGCUGGCACGCCCUGACUCUGCCCUCUAGUGGCUUGAGGCAUGAGGAGUCUGGUGUCUUGAAACUCCAACUGGACUGCAGACCGCUAGAAGGCAACAGCACAGCUGCCCCCCAAACUCAGCAGCUCCUGGACACAGCGGGAGAGCAGCGGCCCUUUCUGGAACUGAAGACCCGGCCCAAAGAGCCUGGAGCAGGCCGGGCCAGGAGGAGGACCCCCAGCUGUGAGCCUGAGACCCCCUUAUGCUGUAGGCGAGACCAUUAUGUAGACUUCCAGGAACUGGGAUGGCAGGACUGGAUCCUGCAGCCUGAGGGGUACCAGCUGAAUUACUGCAGUGGGCAGUGUCCCCCGCACCUGGCUGGCAGCCCAGGCAUUGCUGCCUCCUUCCAUUCUGCUGUCUUCAGCCUCCUCAAGGCCAACAACCCUUGGCCCUUGGGUACUUCCUGCUGUGUCCCUACUGCCCGAAGGCCUCUCUCUCUCCUCUACCUUGACCGUGAUGGCAACGUGGUCAAGACAGAUGUGCCAGAUAUGGUGGUAGAGGCCUGUGGCUGCAGCUAG